AAAACAGCAAACGUCUUCUUCUUCUCUCUUACCUCGCGCUUGCACCUCUCUCAUUUGUCUUUCCCUUUCGUUUUUCUUAUGUCCUUCUUCGUCACUGCUGUAAUCAUCAUAUUUCAAAUCGAACCCGAAACGUCUCUUCCUCUCUCUCUCUCUCUCUAGCACACCAGAUUUUCCUCUAACUCUCCCUCUCGUCUUCUUGUUGAACCCUUUACCUCAUUUUCACUCUUAACAAAUCCAAAAUCCCGAGAGACCCAUUUCAUUUCCAUCUUCUAUUUUUAGGAAAAAUCUCAUCUUUCGGGUCUCUUCUAUAACCAGUAUCCACAAAACCGGCAUUUCAUCUCGCAAAUCUAAAAAUAAAAAUCCGAUAUUUUUCUCGUUGUAAAUCUCGAGAAUUCUGAAGAUUCAGAGACCCACGAGUUUCCAGAAUCGAAGUGGCUUUGAGGAUGGAAGCAGAAACGUCUUGGACCAAUUAUCCGUACAGCUACAUUACAUAUGCCCCUGAAGCUGAAUCAUACUCUGAGCAGAGCGAUGAUGAGACCAAAGUCGAAACAUUUUCGAUGGAUUCUCUUCUUCCCGACGAUUUGUUAGAAAGAAUCCUCUCGUUUCUCCCCAUUGCAAGCAUCUUCAGAGCUGGUUCGGUCUGCAAAAGAUGGAACGAUAUUGUAUCUUCUCGAAGAUUCUUAUGGAAUUUCUCCAACAACUCAGUUUCUCAGAGGCCUUGGUACUUCAUGUUCACGAGCACUGAUGAUCCAUCGGGUUAUGCUUAUGACCCGAUUAUCCGGAAAUGGUACAGCUUUGACCUGCCUUGCAUCGAAACUUCUAAUUGGUUUGUUGCUUCCUCCUGUGGGUUGGUUUGUUUCAUGGAUAAUGACUGCAGAAACAAGAUCUAUGUCUCAAAUCCAAUCACCAGACAAUGGAGGAGGCUUAUCGAACCUCCGGGCCACAGAUCAACAGACUACACUGCAAUGUCUACCUCCGUGAACCGAGUGGUUAACCAAGCAAACCGGAGCUACUCAGUGUCGAUAGUGAAAUCUAAGCAAGUUCCAGGGAAUUUCUUCCAAUGGGAUCUCUCUAUUCAUCUCUACAGCUCUGAGACAAUGACUUGGACAACAUCUGUGACCGAUGUCUUAACCGGAUGGAGGGGAGGAGACGAGAGUGUGAUCUGUGACGGUGUCUUAUACUUCUUGAUUUACUCCACGGGUGGCUCUGAUCAUCGUCACGGCUUGAUUGCUUCCAAGCUAUCUUCGUCAAUGGGAUCAUCAUCGUCUAGUGGAAUCUUGAUGAGGAGUUUUAUCCCAAUGCCGUGCUCUUUGACCUGCGGAAGAUUGAUGAAUCUGAAGGAGAGGCUUGUGGUUGUUGGUGGAAUCGGGAAACAUGAUCGACCUGAUAUAAUCAAAGGAAUUGGGAUCUGGGUUUUGAAAGGCAAAGAAUGGCAAGAAAUGGCGAGAAUGCCUCAGAGAUUCUUCCAAGGUUUCGGUGAAUUCGACGAUGUUUUCGCAAGUAGUGGCACUGAUGAUUUGGUUUACAUCCAAAGCUAUGGAUCUCCCGCGCUUUUGACUUUUGACAUGAAUCUUAAGUAUUGGAGAUGGUCUCAGAAAUGUCCUGUUACGAAGAAGUUCCCUCUUCAGCUCUUUACUGGGUUUUGCUUCGAACCAAGACUCGAGAUCGCUCCAUAGUUGAAAAUCUGAAAUGAAGAAAUAACGGGUGUGUGAAAGUCUUGGCCUUUUUGUUAUUUGUUUCUCAACAUGAUUGUUUUUGCACAGAGAAAUCGCCGGGUCUGAUGAUGAAGAGAAGAAGAAGAUGAUACGGGUAAUGUUUUUUAAUUAUUGGAAAUGUUUCCAGGAUUAUUGUAAUUUCCAAUGUGGUACUUUAUAAAUUAUAGAUUUAUCGAAGAGCCCCGUAUACUUUUUACGCUAUCAAUCGAAUCCCCUCCCCACCUAUCUGUCUCUGGCGCUGUGAAAUACAAGAAACCUUUCUUAACAUGUGGCCCACAAUAUCUCAUACUUCUGAAACUGGAGGUUGUCUCGUUGCUGUUCCUGGACGAUAAAAU